AUGCCCCCUUCUCCUCCUCCGCUCUCCUCCCCGUGCCGGUCCCCGCCCUCUUCUUCCACGCAGAGCCGGCCUGGGGAGAGGGACCCACCCCCGGCGCGCCCGGCUGCCCGGCUGCGCGGCGCGGGCUCCCGGCCCCCGGCGCGCUCACACCCUCCCGCUCGGCUCCAACUUGCAGGCGUCCAUGGCCGGCCGUCCUCCGAGGGCGGCGGGACGAGCCCAGGCGGCGGGCGGGCGGCGCGGUGGGCUCGGGGCCCAGGCGGCGGGCGGGCGGGCGCGCGGCUCGGCUGCUCGGGCGGUGCGGCUCCGCGCGCGGAGGGCGAGCCGGGUGCGCCGCGCGUCCCCCCCCUCCCCGCGCCGCCGCCGCUCGCGCUGCCGGGUCCCGGCCGAUCCGCAACAAUGUGGAGCUGCCCGGGCGCCGAGUCGCGCCGCGCUCGCCGCUCUCGCUCUUUCUCUCACUCGCCGAGCUCCAGCCUCUCAGCCGCUCUGCCCGUGAUGUCAGACCGAGGGGGAGGGGUUAGCGUUAACUCCCUCCUGGCUCCGACGCGCGGCCCGCGCCCGCCCGGCCCCGGCCCGGCCGCGCGCACCUUCCGGCCCCCGGCGGAGGCGGGUCCCGGGCGAGGGCCGUGA